CGGCCCCGCCCCCGUCACGUGACGCGCCCCGCCCCGCCCUGCCGUGCUGGCGCGCGCACGCCGCUUCCGGGAGGGGCCGGGGGCGCCGGGGCGGCAAGUUUCGCGGUGCGGCGGCGGCGGCAUGGCCGGGAACGGCCUCAGCUACAACGAGCAGGGUGGGGAGGCGGCGCCGGAGCUGGCGCAGGAGGCGGCGCCCACCACGGCGCCCUCGGCGCCCGCGGCCUUCGGGCUCUUCAGCAGCGACACCAAGAAAAAUGAAGACCUAAAGCAAAUGUUGGAAAGCAGUAAAGAUUCUGCAAAGCUGGAUGCUAUGAAAAGGAUUGUUGGGAUGAUUGCAAAGGGAAAAAAUGCUUCAGAGUUAUUUCCUGCUGUUGUGAAGAAUGUUGCCAGUAAAAAUAUUGAGAUAAAAAAGCUUGUAUAUGUUUAUUUGAUGCGUUACGCAGAAGAACAGCAAGAUCUGGCAUUGUUGUCCAUCAGUACUUUUCAGCGUGCUUUAAAGGAUCCUAAUCAGUUAAUCCGUGCAAGUGCUUUAAGAGUUUUAUCCAGUAUCCGUGUGCCAAUUAUUGUUCCUAUUAUGAUGCUUGCUAUUAAGGAAGCUUCUUCUGAUUUAUCCCCUUAUGUGAGGAAGAAUGCAGCCCAUGCAAUCCAAAAACUAUACAGUCUUGAUCCAGAGCAAAAGGAAAUGUUAAUUGAAGUGAUAGAAAAGCUUUUGAAGGAUAGAAGUACGCUGGUAGCUGGGAGUGUUGUGAUGGCAUUUGAGGAAGUGUGUCCAGAUAGAAUAGAUCUGAUUCACAAGAACUACCGAAAGCUGUGCACCUUGUUGGUUGAUGUGGAAGAGUGGGGUCAAGUUGUCAUAAUCCACAUGUUAACUCGAUAUGCACGUACACAGUUUGUGAGCCCAUGGAAAAAGGAUGAUGACGAUGUUGUGGAGGAAUAUAAUGAAAAUAAUUUCUAUGAAUCCGAUGAAGAACAGAAAGAAAAAGAUCGGAAAGUGAAUAAAACCUACGUUAUGGACCCAGACCACCGGCUUCUGUUACGGAAUACAAAGCCCUUGCUUCAAAGCAGAAAUUCUGCUGUGGUGAUGGCAGUGGCACAGCUUUAUUGGCAUUUGGCACCAAAAUCUGAAGCUGGCAUUGUUUCUAAAUCAUUAGUGCGUUUACUCCGUAGCAAUAGGGAGGUGCAGUAUAUUGUUCUGCAAAAUAUUGCCACUAUGUCAAUUCAGAGAAAGGGCAUGUUUGAACCUUAUCUGAAGAGUUUCUACGUUAGAUCAACUGAUCCAACAAUGAUCAAAACACUGAAGCUUGAAAUCUUGACAAAUUUAGCAAAUGAAGCCAACAUAUCAACUCUGCUACGAGAAUUUCAGACUUAUGUGAAAAGCCAAGAUAAGCAGUUUGCUGCAGCUACAAUUCAGGCUAUAGGCAGAUGUGCAACGAACAUCACCGAAGUGACUGACACAUGCCUUAACGGCCUAGUAUGUUUGCUGUCCAACAGGGAUGAAAUUGUAGUUGCUGAAAGUGUCGUUGUCAUUAAGAAAUUGCUGCAAACUCAGCCAGCACAUCAUGGUGAAAUUAUUAAACAUAUGGCCAAACUCUUGGAUAACAUAACAGUGCCAGUGGCAAGGGCAAGCAUUCUCUGGCUCAUUGGGGAGUACUGUGAACGAGUUCCAAAGAUUGCACCUGAUGUUUUGAGAAAGACAGCCAAGAGUUUCACUAAUGAAGAUGACCUUGUAAAGUUGCAGAUCUUAAAUUUGGGAGCAAAACUCUAUUUAACAAACUCAAAGCAGACAAAAUUGCUUACCCAGUACGUAUUAAAUCUCGGCAAGUAUGAUCAAAGCUACGACAUCAGAGACCGUACAAGAUUUAUUAGGCAGCUUAUUGUUCCGAACGAGAAGAGUGGAGCUUUAAGCAAAUAUGCCAAAAAAAUAUUUCUGGCACAGAAACCUGCCCCAUUGCUCGAGUCUCCUUUUAAAGCUCGGGAUCAUUUCCAGCUCGGCACCUUGUCGCACACGCUGAACGCUAAAGCCGCCGGCUACCUGGAGCUGUGUGACUGGCCAGAGGUGGCGCCCGACCCGGCCCUGCGCAACGUCGAAGCCGCGGAGGCGGCAAAAGAAUGGACUGUAUUUCUAGGUAAGACAAAGAAAGAGAAACCUACUGAAAAGUUUUACUCUGAAUCAGAAGAGGAGGAAGAUGAAUCUGCCAGCACCAGUGCAACAGAGAGCAAGUCUGGCAGUGAAAGUGAGAAGGAAGAUAAGGAGGAAGGCAGCAGCAAUGAAAGUAGUGGGAGCUCCUCUUCCAGUGAAGAAUCGAGCGACAGUGAAUCAGACAACAAAGAAAGUACAGUAAAGAAAACAUCUGGAACUGCUGAGAAAAGUGAUUCAGAGGACAUUAAAAAGAAAGCAAAGGGGAUCACCAAGAAAAGAAACACAUCCAGUUCCUCUGAUUCAGAGUCCAGUUCAUCAGAAGAAAGUUCUUCAGAUUCCAAGUCAGAAUCAGACCUUAAAAGUGACUCUGAGUCUGGAAAGUCUGGAAGAGCUACCUCUAGUAAGAAAGAAGAAAAAACGAUACAAGAGAGAAAAGCUCCAAAUAAAAAAGAUGUGUUUCUCCUAGAUUUAGAUGACUUCUAUCCUGUGACAUCUCCUGUGGCAGUUCCUGCAGCAGCUGUUUUGUCCCCAAGUUUAGCAGCAGACCUAGAGGGAUUAAGUCUGUCAGGUUCAUCUGUCAUUGAUGUCACUACCCAAGUCUUUGUGCCAACAAAAACACAUGAACUGCUUCAUCGAAUGAGUGGAAAAGGAUUAGCAGCUAAUUAUCACUUCUCUAGACAGCCAUGCAUUUUUGAUGAUCGUAUGGUAUCUGUGCAAGUGACGUUAACCAAUACAACUGAUCAGAAGAUAGAGAAUAUUCACAUAGGGGAGAAGAAGUUACCACCAGGCAUGAGGAUGCAUGGGUUUAAUCCAAUAGAAUCUCUUGAGCCUGAGGGAUCUAUUACUGUCGCAAUGGGUAUCGACUUCUGUGAUUCCACUCAGACUGCCAGUUUCCAGUUAUGCACAAAGGAUGAUCAUUUCAACGUUAACAUUCAGCCCGCUGUUGGAGAACUGCUUUUACCUGUCACUAUGUCAGAGAAGGACUUUAAGAAGGAGCAAGCCUGCCCCUCUGCUUUAUACCUGCUCAGCAAACCAAGGUGAGUGAUUGAAUGAGGCUGUGGCACAUUUAUUUUAAACUGUUCCCUUCUAAAAAUUGUAGCUGAGGUUAUAAUGAAAGGAAAGAAGGUUAUUGUGCCUCUUCCCGCGUGUUUUUAUAUUUGCUUGCUUCAUGAUAUUUUGAUAGAGUUUUUGUAUGUUUUGCUGUGACUGAGGGUUUUUUCCUCCUGACUGACCAUACAGAACCACGAGCACACAGAAGUGUACUUGGAGAAUAGCUGGGGUCCUCUGUGGAGUUGUUGCCAAAAUUCCUUUUUCUUCUGCCAUUUUACUUCUAUGGUUGUUGAUUAUUUGUCUGAAUAAAUCUGGCAGCUGUUUGCUAUGUUUAAUAGAGCAGAAAGGCUACUCUGAAUAAAGCUAUUUGAAAAUUUGCUUAUAUGAAGUAUUUGUAAAUCCAUGAAGGUCUCUUGGCAUUUCUGUAUUGCGCUCUCUGUCUUCCUGAAUUCAUUCUUUGAUGCAGGACUUGAUGCUGGCAAAUUUACUAUAGGUUUAAAAACCUUUUCUAUUGCAUCUUUUUUAUUAUAGAUAUCAGCUGUUUCAGAAUAUUCUUGGUAAUAGUGGUCUCAAUUCUAAAUUUUACAUAAGUAUUUAUUACAGAGAUUUAGGAACAACCAGUAUUUGGGGACAAUUACUGUGCUAUCUUGCUAAAUGAAAAUUCCAAAUUAUAAUAAUAAAAUGCAGGGCGAUUUAGAAGUUAGUGUAUAUUGCUCUAUUCUGUGUUUAACUUUGGUUUGUCUGUAUUCUCCAAAUGAAUGUGAUUUAUGUAACUUGUUUUUCCAUUUGUCAUGGCUUUUCUUUUUUUUUUCUCUUUUUUUUUCCUCCUCCCUUUUUGUUUUUGGACAUAAGAUGUUUCAAGUCUUGUACCUGGAGAUACUUUGUUUUAUUUGCUAUCAAAAGUGCUAUCAAAUUGCUAAAAAUAGUGAAGGAGUGAGCACAAUAUUAGAAAUGCAAGAUUAUACUGGGGAGAAUGAGAAUACGUUUGGGUUUUAAGGAUUUUUACAUCUAAAUUGCACGUGUAAUCUAAUAAGAAUGCUAAAGAGGAAAUACCCAGUGUUAUACUGAUAUGUAGAAGACUAUU